AUGCUGAACGCGAGGGUGAACGAGGAGCUGGUGGCGGCGGCGGGGGUGGAGGAGGGGGACGUCGUGCUCGAGAUAGGCCCCGGGACGGGCUCUCUCACCGCCGCGCUGCUCGCCGCCGGCGCCACCAUCGUCGCCGUCGAGAAGGAUAAGCAUAUGGCUACCCUUGUGAGAGAUAGGUUUGGAUCCACAGAGCAAUUGAAGGUCAUUGAAGAAGAUAUUACAAAAUUUCACGUUCACUCCCAUUUUCUCCCUAUCCUGGAGGAGAAAUCUCAUGGCAAGAAAAAAUACGCCAAGGUUGUGUCAAACUUACCAUUCAAUGUCAGCACUGAAGUUGUCAAACAAAUUCUUCCAAUGGGAGAUGUUUUCUCUGUCAUGGUGCUCAUGCUUCAGGAUGAAGCGGCACUACGCCUUGCAAAUGCUUCAAUACAAACACCAGAGUACCGACCUAUCAAUGUGUUUGUGAAUUUCUACUCUGAACCUGAAUACAAGUUCAAAGUAGAGAGGGCCAACUUUUUCCCUCAACCGACGGUUGAUGGUGGCGUUAUAAGGUUUAAAAUAAAGGAUGCUGGGGAGUAUCCGCUUGUUAGUUCUAACAAAAGUUUCUUUUCAAUGGUGAACUCCGCGUUCAAUGGGAAGCGCAAGAUGCUUCGGAAAUCACUUCAACACCUAUAUUCUUCUGCUGACAUUGAGGCUGCUCUGACCAAUAUCGGUCUUCCGCCUACGGCUAGACCGUCUGAACUGGGGAUGGAUGAUUUCGUGAGGUUGCACAAUCACCUGGGAAAAGUAUGA